AUGGCUAAGCUUUUCCAUGGAAUUGGUGGUGAGAAAUCGCGAGUUCCCGUUGUUGGCGUUCUGAUCGAAGGUGGACAUCAAACGUUCCGUACUGUCUUUGAACUCCUCACUGGUCGGAAUCCAGUGCCUGUUGUGAUUUGUGACGGAUCUGGUCGUGCGGCUGAUCUCCUUGCCUUUAUGUAUCGAUAUGCUGGACCUGAUGGAGACCUAGCGCCAAAUCUACGUCGACAGGUAAUUGGAAAUACCGCACGAACAUUCCAGCUGAAACAAGCGGAGGCUGAAACUCUCUAUUUGGAUAUGAAACUCUGUAUGCGACGUCGUGAUCUCUUGAGCGUCUUUCAAAUGGGUGAUGGAACUACAGAUGAAAUUGAUCUCACAAUCCUAACGGCUCUUCUACAAGGUAAGUUGAAGUACUUUCACUUUCAUUUUUGUUAUCGGAAUUCGAUAAGAGGUAGAAAAUUGUGCGCAUACCCGUCCACUUGGAAAUGCGUCCAAAACGCGCGGUUGCAGUCAUUGGCAAACAGGCAUAUUGGAUCAUUUUUUUGCCAGAAAGUGUUGGCACUCCUCCGUAAAGGCGGCUAUAAGUAA